GCAUUGGCCGUAGGCCUGCUGCAGCAUUUUGCCAAGGCUGAGAAGGCCUCCGUGUGCUCAGUUAGGGAACUUGUGAGCGAGUACAACCAUCAGCAGCAGCUUUUUAGUUCCGCAGGGCUCCAGGAUUUGAGCGAUAUCAUGUCGCUGGAUGCUGUGAGGAUGGCCAUCUUGAAUGCCUCUCGCAGGUACUCUGCCGUGCUUUACUUCGCGGAUUUGCGUGCUGCCUUUCAUGCAGUUGUGAGGGAGUUUCUCGUGAGAUUGCCUGAGACGGAGAGGGGUUUGGAAGAAGCUAUCGACGAGUUGCAGCUCCCUCUGGCUGUAGAGGGCGCUAUGCGAAGCAUCCUGGCCGAGCCGACGAUCUUUGAGAAAGUAGGUGGUAGACAUGUGCAUGAUCUGAUCCGAGAUGUAAAUUCUUGCACGCGGUUCCAGGUCAAGGGCACGUCAGAGGUAGCCAAAGCCACCGCAAGGACGAGGCCAGGCAUGCCGCCUGCAGAUGUGCUAUUCACGUUAUCUGUUGCACCCGUGCACGAGCGGCUGCGCGAGCGUGUCUUUGCCGAGGGGCUCGCGUUGGACGCCAGAGACUUCGGCGUCGACCCUGCUUGUGCCUUCCGUCCCGAGGGUGACCAGCAGGAUGCCCUGAUAGGAUCGCCGUCGUACGUCGACGACCUUGCUGUGCUGCAGGCCGCCAGGGCGGCGCACGAGGCCAUCAG